AUCUUCAUUUAACGCAACGCAGUCGCAGUUGUGUUUUUGAGGGUCCAAUACAAGUACAUGUAUCUAUCUCUGUUACAACUAGGAUAAAUACAGAUACAAAUACACCUCAUGGUCCAUGCCAGACGCAGGGUGGGCUGCCUGAUGACUGGGAACUGUUGCCGUCAGUCUCAGUCGCAGCCGUAGAUUCGAACAACUGCCCGGAUAUGUGCCUGCCUGCUCCGCUCAAUGGCAUCUGGCCCCGCCCUUCCUUUCUGCUUCUGGGUAGCUGCAGUUCUGGGGUGUUGGGUGUUGUUGAUCCGCCGAAGAACAUUUGCCUGAGGAUGUCUUACCAGUUUUCCACCGCUUCUUUAGUGGUGCCAACCAUCUUCUCUAGCGGCGUGUCGAGACAGACGACAUCGAGAUCAGAGUGCGCUGUUGGGUUCAUCGGAAAGGCGGAUGAGCAUAUGGACAACCCAGGCGGUGCCCUUUGCAAAGGUAGUAACAGUGAUCUGGGGAUGGAGUUAGUAUGCCAUGUUCCUGUAAGCAAAGACAAGACUCCGAUACUGUUAAUACGGAUUAUUGUGCCCGGAUUAUUCAGACACUCAGCCUUCCGCUCUCAAAUCUCUCGACAUGCAAAGGCCAAGGCAUAGACAAGCUCGCUGCGCAAUAUAUAGCCUUCACCAACCAUGUCUGUCGUGCAGUCUGCAACCACACAGCUGACAGACGCUGCAUCUAGCUAGGGGGUGAAGAGACAUGAGCAAAGAGAAGCUAUCUCGGGGGUAUCUCUCGGUACACAGCUCGUUGGGUAUAUUCACGUCGUAUUUCAUCAGUCCCGGUCAGCGGUCAUAUCUGACCGUAGCUAAUUACUGUAUUCCAUCUUUUCCCUCCUCCCCUCCCC